GCGAGUUAGACGCCGUAGAGAUCCAUCUCGUCAGUUGCGCGGCGGACAGCGUUGAGAGAGUGUUACGCUUCGCGAGUGAUGCACAACGGGAGAUUCUCGCGUGUUUAUUUAUUAAUGAAAUAAAACUAUUGCAAGUAAGAGAAAUUGGAUUAUAAUUUCUCAUGAAAUAAUAGACUUUAUAAUGAUGAAAAUGUCAUGGUGUUGGUGGACGAAGGUUUCGUUGAAGCGUUAACGAAGACAGGAAAGAGGGACAUGAAUAAGCUUGAUAGCUUGUAGAGGAGAAAAAGAUAGUUGGAAAAGAGAGAGAGAGAGAGAGAGAGAGAGAGAGAGAGAGAGAGAGAAAGAGAAAGAGAGAAAGAGUAGAUGGGUGAUGUGAUACUAACAAAGGGAGAAGAGCAGAGAACCGAUCGUCGUUAGUUCCGAUCGAGCAAGAACUCUUUUUAUCGUGUUUUUUUUCCGCGCGUGAUUCUACAGCGGCGCGGCGUUGGUAGCCAGCGAAUGGAUCGGUUGCGGUGAGGAAGGAGAUUGCUGGUGAUCCAGUGGCGCGCGCGCGUGCUCCUACUCUCUCUCUCUCUCUCUUUCUCUCUCCCUGUCUUUUUCUUUCCGUACUUGAGAUAGAAGGAGAGCGUACGAGCAAGUGCGAUCCACCGGAAGUGUAAACAAUCUCCACGGUAGGCACGCCUGGGCGCAUCUUGCCUCGCCUAGGAUCAUCGUCGCCGCCGCUGUCGUCGUCGUCGUCGUCAUCGUCGUCGUAGUAGUUGUAGUUGUAGUUGUAGUUGUAGUUGUCGUUGUCGUGCUCGGUGCAUGGGCGUUCGCGCGUUCACGAACGGAGGAGGAAGAAGAAGAAAAGAGAGAGCCUCGGCUCGAACAUGACUCGGUCGGCGAUCCUCGUCGUGUGAUGAGGCGAGGAGUGCCCGGUGGAGAGGGCAGGGACUACGACAUCGGUACCGACCUAGGAAGAAGAAGAAGAAGAAGAGGAGGAGGAAGAGAAAAAAAGAUAAGGACGGAGAAGAAAAAGAAGAAGGAGUCGUCGCAAAGAUGCGUGGAAUAUCUCAGGGCUGCUGCCAGCAGCAUUACUACUACUACUACUACUACUGCUAUUAUCUCGUCUUGGCUAUAGUACUCUGCUGCCAGCGGUACCACGUGCUCGCCGUGACCAGCGAACUGCCGCCCAGACUCGACAUUCCCGAGCAUUGUUCUUGGGAUUCAAGGCAGGACGGAGCUCUUACUUGCAUUCAUCGCUACCCGAGCAACGACUCCUUCCGAACGAACUUCUCUCAGGCAACGAGCGAGUACGUGACCUCAGUUAACGUACUAUGCGAGGACACAGAGCCCGAGUCGAUGUUCGAUCCCGCCCUCGAGGGCGGCGUCCUCAACGUCGACGGGCUCUUACAUUUAUGGCGACUUCGUUCGUUAAAAUUGAUCGGAUGCAAGCUCCUACAUUGGCCGGCAAAGAUCCUCGGUGGUUUGCGAGAUUUACGGAACCUCACGGUUAGAACUUCGAUCGGACGAAAGACAAAGUAUAGCUUGGAAUUGGAGAGCGGUGCCUUCGACUCUACACCCCAGAUCGAGAAGAUGGAUCUAUCGUCGAAUAACAUUUGGCAAAUACCCGAACAUUUGUUCUGUCCGUUGACGAACCUGGUAACGCUCAACGUCUCUUGGAACAUGUUGAAGGAUAUCGCGGAAUUGGGAUUUAGGGACGUCAACGAGAGAUACUCGAACCGUCAGCACGAAUCAACACCCACGCCCUUUCCCUGCUCCCUCGACAUGCAAUCAUUGGACGCCUCGAACAAUCAGAUAUCGGUACUCCCAGCUUACGGGUUCUCCUCGCUGAAACGUCUAAGGAUUCUCAACCUGUCGAAUAACGCGAUCUCCAUGGUGGCGGACGAAGCGCUUCACGGAUUGAGAUCUCUCGAGACCUUCGAUCUCUCCGGCAACCGAAUCGUUGCUCUACCGACGGAGAUGUUCCGGGACGCUACCAAAUCCCUGAAGGAAUUGAGAUUGCAAAAUAAUUCCAUCAGCGUGCUAUCGCCCGGUCUCGUGGCCGACAUGAAUCAGCUCGUUGCUCUCGACUUGUCGAGGAACGUACUUACGAGUUCCUGGCUCAAUUCCGCCACCUUUUCCGGUUUGAUUCGUUUGGUUCUCUUGAAUCUAUCCCACAAUCGAAUUACCAGGCUCGAUCCGGAACUAUUCAAGGAUCUCUACACGUUACAAAUUUUGAAUCUGCAGCACAACGAAAUCGAGACAAUACCGGCCGACACGUUUUCACCGAUGAGCAAUCUUCACACCCUCGAGCUCACGCACAAUCGGUUGACCUAUUUGGACGCCUAUUCCCUCAACGGCUUGUACGCUCUCUCUCUCCUCGCGUUGGACUCGAAUAUGCUCGAGGGAAUACAUCCUGACGCUUUCAGGAACUGCUCGAGCAUGCAGGAUCUUAAUCUCUCGGGUAACAACUUGGACAACGUGCCGGUCGCACUAAAGGACAUGCGGAUGCUGAAGACCCUCGAUCUCGGUGAAAAUCAAAUUAGAAGUCUCGGUAAGCCUGGCUUCCGCGGUAUGUCGAGUCUCUACGGGCUGAGAAUGAUCGGUAACGAGAUCACGAACGUCACGUGCGAGGAUCUUACGGAGCUGCCGGCCCUCCAGAUUCUGAAUUUGGCCAGGAAUAGGAUCGAGUUCGUCGAGGACGGCGUGUUCUCGGCGAAUCCGGCGUUGCAGGCGAUUCGCCUCGACUCGAACUUGCUUCAGGACGUGUCCUCGAUAUUCGCGGGUGCGCCGGGUCUCCUGUGGCUCAACAUGUCCGACAACAUGAUCGCGAACUUCGACUACAAGUAUUUGCCGGAGAAGCUCCAGUGGAUGGAUCUCCAUAAAAAUCUUAUCGCGGACCUCGGAGUUGCACCAUCGGGCAUGAGACUGCAAACCCUCGACGUUUCGUUCAACCAACUUACCAGGAUACAUUCGAGCUCGAUACCAGAUUCCAUCGAGUUGCUCUUCGUCAACGAUAAUCUGAUACACACGGUCGAACCGCAGACCUUUUUCGGUAAGACCAAUCUAACCCGGGUAGAUCUUUACGCGAAUCAAAUCGUCAAGAUGAAUCUGUCCGCUCUCCAGUUGACUCAAGUGCCCGCACCGAGGCAACUUCCAGAAUUUUACAUCGGCGGAAAUCCCUUUAUAUGCGACUGCACGACCGAGUGGUUGCAACGAAUCAAUACCCUGCCCCUUAGACAACACCCCAGAGUGAUGGAUCUCGAGUCGGUUUAUUGCCGAUUACCGUACGAUCGUCGCAAGUCCUUUAUACCGUUGCUCGAGGCCAAACCCUCGCAAUUUCUCUGCACGUACAAGGCGCAUUGCUUCGCUCUCUGUCAUUGUUGCGACUUCGACGCUUGCGACUGCGAGAUGACGUGCCCGACGAAUUGCACGUGCUACCACGAUCAGUCUUGGUCGGCGAACGUCGUCGAUUGUUCGAGCUCCGGUUACAAGACUCUACCCGGUCGAUUACCGAUGGACGCCACGGAGGUCUACCUGGACGGCAACAACUUCGGGGAGCUGAACUCGCACUCGUUCAUCGGCCGUAAGAAUCUCGAGAUACUGUACGCGAACGACAGCAACAUCAUCGCGAUUCGUAAUCACACGUUCAGCGGCCUGAAGAGAUUACUGGUGCUCCAUUUGGAAAACAACAAGAUAAGCGUGCUCAACGGCGUGGAAUUGAUGCCGUUGGAGAAUCUGAAGGAACUCUACCUGCAGAACAACCUUCUGACGUACAUCGACAACGGCACGUUCCUGCCGUUACGCCAGUUGGAAGUCCUGCGAUUGGAAAGGAAUCGUCUCGGUACGUUCGCCCUUUGGCAACUCGGUCAGAAUCCAUAUUUGGUAGACGUCGGUUUAUCGAGCAAUCCCUGGAGCUGCGAGUGUUCUUACCUGGAGCGUGCUCGCGAGUGGAUGUCACGGAAUCGCGAGAAGAUCGUCGAUUGGCCAAGCGUUAGCUGUUCCCUCGGUAUACCGAUUACUUUGCCGGCGAACGGAUCGGCCGUAAAUUGCGCGGCAUUAACCGGCGGCGGGACGAACACGGCGAUCGAGACGCGACCGCUCGAGGCUUAUCUGCCGCUAUUGCUGGCGAGCGCUUUGCUGAUCUUCGCUAUGGUCGCCCUAGUCUGCGGGGCUUUCAGGCAUCGCCGUACACUGAGGACAUGGGCAGCAAGCAGAUGCGGGUUACGUGCUUGCUACAAGACCGCAGCUUUCGAGGAUCAGGAGAAACCGUUCGACGCCUAUAUCUCCUAUUCGGCGGUAGACGAGGCCUUCGUCUCUACGAUCCUCGUUCCUGGCCUCGAGAGCUCCUAUCGAUUGUGCCUGCACUAUCGGGAUCUAGGUGCCGGCAGCAAUGUCGCCGAUGCCGUAGCCGAGGCUGCCGAUUCGUCUCGGCGCACCAUUCUCGUACUAUCGAAGAACUUUUUGCACGGCGAGUGGGCGAGAUUCGAGUUCAAGGCGGCCCUAAGGGACGCCCUCAAAGGGAAGGGUCGCUCGGUGAUAUUGCUCCUGGUCGGCGGUGUUUGCCCCCGCGAUCUCGACGCCGAUCUCAAAAAGAGAAUCUCCUCGCACACCGUCCUGGUAUGGGGAGACAAGUUGUUUUGGCAGAAGCUAAGGUUCGCCAUGCCGGACGUCUCUCCGGUUCCUGUUUUGGAGAGACCCCUGCCGCUACCACCGCCACCCCCACCGCCGCCCCUACCACUGCCACUUACAUUGCCCUCGGCGCACCAUCAAUGGACGUAGACCAGUCGCCGCCACCGUUGCCGCCACCGUCGUCCUCCUUCUCUUAGAUGUGAAAUGUUGCCAGAAGUAUUAUCGCAAUACGUACAGAGAGUAAUUGGAAAUCGCAGCAAGGGGAAGGAUGUACGUCGUUCCUCGCUUCGAACUUCGAGAGUUGCGAUCUCUUUUUUCUCACUACUUAUUAUCAAGAAAAUAUUUCUCACACUAAUCCAGAAUUAUAUCCUUUUCCCGAUAAAAUACACGUACUCAUACACGCAUAUACACACACAUACGGUCAUUCACUCAUACACGUAUACAUAAAGACAUGGUGUCCGAACAUAAAAAAUAAAAACGAUUUAUUCGUAUUUUUGAGAAUCGUGAUAUAGCUUCGUAGUGCGCAAGUGUAAUUAGAGCGAAAACGAAAAAAAAAAAACAAAAAAAAAUACAAAAAAAAGGAAAGAAAAAAUAAAUAAAUAAAUAAAUAAAUAAAUAAAUAAAUAAAUAAAUAAAUAAAUAAAUAAAUAAAUAAAUAAAUAAAUAAAUGCAACCACGAUUAUAUCGCGAGGAGCACAACUCGCUACCUUGCACCUUGUAUUUGCAACGAAAUAACCUUUUUCUCUUUCUACUUGAUGAAGACAUCAUAGUUUAAUCAAUCGAUCGAUUAUUCAUUAAUAUGAAAAAAAAUAAAGAAAAAAAAAUAAAGAAAAAAAAUAAAGAAAAAAAAUAUAAAAAAAUAUUAAAUAAAUAAAUAAAUAACGAACGUUCUUCGAAAAUAAGUAAUAGGUAACUCGUUUGAAACUCGAGACGGAGAUUUAAUGUAAAUAGUCACGAUUUUGUAUAUUUGUAAUAUAGAUAGGUCAUUUUAUUAUAAACACAAUAAAGUUAUUUAUAUAUAUUUUAAUCACAAA